AUGCCGGGCCCCGCGGAGGAGGCGCGCGCCGGGCUCGCGGGCUCGCAGGGGCAGCGCAUCGUCUGGAGGAACGUGGUGCUGAUGAGCCUGCUGCACCUGGGCGCCGUGUACUCGCUGGCGCUCAUCCCCGACGCCCAGCCGCUCACGCUGCUCUGGGCCUACAUCUGCUUCCUGCUGACCGUGCUGAGCGUGACGGCCGGAGCCCAUCGCUUGUGGAGCCACAGGUCCUACAAGGCCAAGCUGCCCCUGAGGAUAUUUCUGGCUGUCACCAACUCCAUGGCUUUCCAGAAUGACAUCUUCGAGUGGUCCAGGGACCACCGAGUCCACCACAAGUACUCAGAGACGGACGCCGACCCCCACAACGCCGGCCGGGGCUUCUUCUUCUCCCACGUCGGGUGGCUGUUCGUCCGCAAGCACCGAGACGUCAUCGAGAAGGGGAGAAAGCUCGACGUCACCGACCUGCUUGCUGACCCUGUGGUCCGGUUCCAGAGGAAGUACUACAAGGUGUCUGUGGUGCUCAUGUGCUUCGUGGUGCCCACGCUGGUGCCCUGGUACACCUGGGGGGAGAGCCUGUGGAACUCCUACUUCCUGGCGUCCAUCCUUCGCUACGCCGUCUCCCUCAACGUCACCUGGCUGGUCAACAGCGCCGCCCACAUGUACGGAAACCGGCCCUACGACAGGAACAUCAGCCCCCGGCAGAACCCGCUCGUCACUCUGGGCGCCAUCGGUGAAGGCUUCCACAAUUACCAUCACACCUUCCCCUUUGACUACUCUGCGAGUGAAUUUGGCUUAAAUUUCAACCCCACCACCUGGUUCAUUGACUUCAUGUGCUGGCUGGGACUAGCCACCGACCGCAAACAGGUGACCAAGCCGAUGAUCGAAGCCCGGAAAGCCAGGACUGGGGAUGGCAGCGCCUAAACCUGGAACAGCCAUCCAACACGUCCGCUGCGGGCACUGCGGUUCGUGGCUUUUGUUACUAUGGUUCUCUCGUUCAUUCGAUCGUGGGAGGGGUCAAUAGGUGGGGAGAGAAUGGAUCUAUGUGGUUUGGGAAUUUUUUGUUUGUCUCAAAAUGUUUAAAUACAACUAUCAAUG